AUGGAUGAUCUUUACGACGAGUUUGGCAACUACAUUGGGGAGGCCGCAGACUCGGACGAGGAAGUCCAGCAUGAUGAAGUAAAACCGCAAGCUUUUGCUUUCGACGAAGCAUUUGAGGACGAGAACGAAGACGAGGAUGAUUUCAAUGGUCAGCAACCAAUGGAAACUGACGAUGGUCCUUCCAACGCUGUCGUCCUACACGAAGACAAGCAGUAUUACCCCAGCGCACAACAAGUAUACGGUGAAGAUGUCGAAACUCUGGUACAGGAGGAAGAUGCACAGCCACUCUCCGAACCUAUCAUUGCUCCAGUACAGCAAAAGAAAUUCGCGAUCGAAGAAGUCGAGCUACCGCCUGUUUUUUACUCCCGGGAGUUCAUGACAGAUUUGCUUAAUUUCCCUGAUCAAACAAGGAAUAUUGCUCUUGUGGGGCAUCUACACCAUGGAAAAACAGCUUUCAUGGAUAUGCUAGUCAAACAAACACACGAUUUGAGCGAGCGUCUAGAAAAGCAAAGAGGCAGACGGAAGGAAGAACAACUUCGGUAUACCGAUGUCCACUUCAUGGAAAGAGAGCGCGGCCUCUCAAUCAAGUCGGCUCCCAUGAGCUUGGUUCUACAGGGAACCAAGGAAAAAUCUCAUCUUUUUAACAUUCUUGACACUCCAGGACAUGUCAAUUUCGUGGAUGAGGUGGCUACCUCAGUACGGCUGGCCGAUGGUGUGGUGCUCGUUGUUGAUGUCGUCGAGGGUGUUCAGGCAAAUACCGAACAAAUCAUCAAACAUGCUAUCCUAGAGGAUCUUCCCUUGACCAUGGUGGUUAACAAAAUGGAUAGGCUGAUUCUAGAGCUCAAACUUCCGCCGAAUGAUGCAUACUUUAAAUUGAAGCACGUUAUCGAAGAGGUCAACACUGUUAUCGAGAAUACUUUGCCCGGACAGGGUGAAAGAAGAAGACUUAGUCCAGAGAAGGGUAAUGUCGCCUUCGCUUCUACUUCCAUGGGCUGGUGUUUCACGCUACAAUCUUUUGCUAAAAUGUACGCUGAGACCUACCCUCAAAUCGAUACUGCCGAUUUUGCUGUGCGCCUUUGGGGUGAUAUCUUUUUCAACCCAAGAAGCCGAAAAUUUACACGAAAAGGUGUUGAGGAAAACUCCAAACGGACCUUUGUGAAGUUUGUUCUCGAGCCUAUUUACAAACUUUAUUCCCACACGAUUAGUGAAAGUCCAGAAGACUUGAAGGAUACGCUUGCAAGCGUUGGCAUCAACUUGAAGCCUUCGCAGCUCAAGUCUGAUGCAAAGGUCCUGCUUAACUUGGUCUGUGAACAAUUUUUUGGUCCUGCAGCUGGGUUUGUGGAUAUGAUCGUCCAGCAUGUGCCCUCCCCGGUGGAUGGAGCACCAAGGAGCUUGGAACGAUACUAUACUGGACCUCUCGACACCAAAGUAGCAGCUGCUAUGGCUGCAUGUGAUUCAGAUGGCCCACUUAUUAUCCAUGUCACCAAACUUUUCAGUAGCCCAGAUGCAUCUAGCUUCCAUGCACUUGGAAGGAUUAUGAGUGGAACGGCCCGGCCUGCUCAACAAGUACGAGUGCUAGGCGAAGGUUACACGCCCGAUGAUGAGGAAGACAUGGUGCUUGCCACCAUCUCUGAUACAUGGAUUGCCGAGACCUGCUACAAUAUCCCGACCAGUGGUGUCCCUGCUGGGAACUGGGUGCUUCUGGGUGGUGUAGACAAUUCCAUUGUCAAGAGCGCAACUCUUGUGCCCCCAAAACUUGAAGACGAUGAAGACGCAUACAUUUUCAAACCAGUUCGGCAUAUGACGGAGUCUGUUUUUAAAGUUGCUGUCGAGCCUGUCAAUCCAUCCGAAUUACCAAAGAUGCUGGAUGGUCUGCGUAAGAUCAACAAGAGCUAUCCUCUUAUCUCCACUAAGGUAGAGGAAUCGGGUGAACAUGUUGUUCUGGGAACAGGUGAACUUUAUAUGGACUGCGUGCUUCAUGACCUCCGAAAACUAUAUUCAGAAAUGGAAAUCAAGGUUUCAGAUCCCGUCACCCGCUUCUGUGAAACUGUCGUUGAGACAUCUGCCAUAAUGUGCUAUUCGAUCACGCCAAACAAAAAGAACAAGAUUACUAUGAUUGCAGAACCUUUGGAUGAUGGUAUCGCGGAAGACAUUGAGAGCGGCAAAGUCAACAUCAAGGAUCCAAUUCGAAGAGUCGCGCGGUUCUUUGAAGAAAGGUACGACUGGGAUAAACUUGCCGCCAGAAGUAUCUGGGCUUUCGGACCAGACGAAAUGGGACCCAAUGUCUUACAGGACGAUACGUUACCGUCCCAGGUGGAUAAGAAGCUUCUUGGGACUGUUAGAGACUCUAUUACACAAGGCUUCAGUUGGGGCACAAGGGAAGGUCCUCUUUGUGAAGAGCCGAUUCGAAAUACGAAAUUCAGGCUCACAGACGUUUCCCUUGCUGACCAAGCCAUUUACCGAGGAGGGGGGCAGAUCAUUCCAACCUCCCGACGUGCCAUUUAUUCAUCUUUUUUGAUGGCAUCUCCGCGCCUGAUGGAGCCAAUUUAUUCGUGUACAAUGACGGGCCCCGCAGAUGCAGUUGCAUCGGUUUACACUGUUCUUUCCCGCAGAAGGGGGCAUGUUCUUUCCGAUGGGCCAAUCGCAGGGACACCACUUUACUCCGUCCGUGGUUUAAUUCCAGUGAUAGAUUCAUUCGGGUUCGAGACCGAUCUUCGAAUUCAUACACAGGGCCAAGCCGCUAUCAAUCUCGUAUUUGAUAAAUGGAGUGUUGUCCCUGGUGAUCCAUUGGAUCGUGAAAUCAAGCUAAAGCCGUUAGAGACGGCACCGGCAAUGGCCACAGCUCGGGAUUUUGUGUUGAAGACGAGGCGGCGGAAGGGCUUGGCGGAAGAUGUCACUGUCAGCAAAUUUCUGGAGCCGGAGCUUUGGAAAGGUCUGAAGGAGAGCGGCGUUUUGGAUUCAUAA